GUGCUGAGUGUAGGUGUGCAUACAACUUGCAAGAUGAAGUUAGAUCUACUUGUUCUUUUAUCUAUUUGUCUGUUACAAGCUGGUACAGUUGAGUCUUGUACUGAAGGAUUCAUGAGUCAAGACCUCCUCACUGCUAAGGCUGAGCAGAUCACUUCCUGUGUGGGAUCAUCAGUCACUGCAUUAGCUGAAUCACAACCAACAAGGUGGAUAUUUGGACGUCAUUUUAGACCAAAGUCAUCCUGUAGCAGCUCACAUGUGAUAACUGGACUCACACUAGGAGUGGACAUUAGAUCAGUCAAUGAGAGUCGUAAUGAAUAUCCUCUUUUUGAAAUAUGGACAAGAGAUUCUAAUUCUAAUAGUUUCAUUAAACAACAGAGUAUUUCUGUUGCUCUAACCCCAGCUAAUUUUAGCACAAAUGGAACCUACCAAUUCAUAUUUCCUACACCAAUCAGUUUUAAUUCUAACACUCGUUUAGGAAUAUACCAACCAGCUAAUGAUACUAGUGUUGUUAGGUUUUAUAGAGUGAGUCAAUCAACAGGCAUAAAAAGAGUAGAAGAUGAUGACAUCAAUAAUGAUCAACUAUCACAAUCUGAUCUCAUAUCUACUUCUUUCAAUGUCCUUAUACAUCCAAUAACAGAGCCAAGUGAUGACUGCUUUCAAAGUUUCUUAAGUCAAAACGAUGUGAUUAUAGAUAGCUCUGGUAUCACUAGGAUUACAAGGGUUACAAAUGAAGUGAGAGCAUUUCCUGAUAUUCGUUUCACGUGUAACGGAACAAUCAAAAACAUAAUACUGGGAACUUUAAGAUUUGAAAAUCAUUACCCAUUAAUUCAACUUAAAAGAUCAUCUCAACUGAUCAAUGUGUUACGUCCUAACAUUACUGGUGCUACUAAUAUUAGUACUAAUUUGUAUAACGUGAGCCUAAUCAAUCCAGUUGAAGUUAAACCCAAUGAUAUACUAGUGAUAGACAGUUCAAAUGAUGCAAGAAUGUACUACCAGCAAUACAAUGGACCACUCAAUUAUGAAAUUGAGAAUCACAAUGGCGAGUUAGAACUGGAACCACUAGACAGUUCUAAUAAUUACCCUCUGAUAUCUAUUGUAGCUAGUGCUAGCACAAGUGAAUUUGUAUCAGCUAGUAACUAUGUUAGUCUUGAUGUAAGUGCUACUACUUCACCUUCAACUGGUCCUGAAUCUCUUGAUAAUAACAUUGGUGUGAUUGCUGGAACGAUAACUAGUGCUAUCAUAUUGAUUAUAGGAGUCACAAUUUUGGUCAUUGUUAUUGUCCUUAUUGCUAGAACUAGAAAUAAAAGAAAAACAAUACGUCUAAACAGUUUGACAAUCACGAGAUCUGCCUCGUCACAGAUUGAUCACGAUUAUACUAUUGUCGCAAGUGGCAGCUUUAGCACCGAAGGCUCUAAUAUGUAUCAUAAAAUUCAUGAUCUAGACUACAGUCAACCUGUAGAUAAUACAAUUAAAAAAGGACUCUAUAAUCCAUCUUAUUCUGAGCAGGAAGCACCAAAAUAUGAAACAGUCACAGUUCAUAAAUUAACAAGUCCUUCAACUCCUGUUGUCAUUCCAAGUCCAAAUACAUUAGAGAAUCCAAUGUACACUGAUGAAAUUAUUGGUAGCAAUAUUGACAAGAAUAGCAGCAUAGUGACGCCACAAAUGUAUGCAGUUCCCAUAUCAAGUAGCCAAGCAAAAAUAGAUCCCUCACAUGCACAGCUAUCAGCAUCACCGACACAAUUUGUUCAAGAAGAACCACUUUACUGGCAGCCUGGUGAUGACACAGAUUGUCUGUAUCACCAGUUAUCAUCAAAAGGAUUUAGAGAAAUUGCAAAAAAAGAUAUUCAAACAAUUAAAGAGUUAGGAUCAGGCCAAUUUGGUACUGUCUAUGAAGGAAUGUGGUUAUCAAAGCCAGUUGCCAUUAAAACAUUAAAGAAUAGUUCAGUGGAACAAGAUAAGGUCAAGUUUCUUCAAGAGGCAGCCAUUAUGGGUCAGUUUCAUCAUCCUAACAUUGUCAAGUUACAUGGAAUGGUCACUGUUGGAGAGCCAUUGAUGAUAGUACUGGAGUUAAUACCUCAUGGAGACAUGAGACAAUACCUUCACACUCUCCAACCACAACCAGGAGAACUGGUAGCAUCAACAGUACCAGGUCUACUGCUCAGUUUCUGUCGUCAGAUUGCUUCAGGUAUGGAGUACUUGUCUAAGAAAGGGUUUGUACACAGAGACCUGGCUGCUAGGAAUAUACUGAUGACUGAUCAUGGAAUGUGUAAAAUUGCUGACUUUGGAAUGUCAAGAGAUCUACAUGAUGAAAAUUACUAUGUAUCUACUACUGCAAAGAGGAUUCCUAUCAAAUGGACAGCUCCUGAAGCUUUGCAUUUCAAGCGUUAUUCCAGUGCUAGUGAUGUAUGGAGUUAUGGUGUAGUAAUGUAUGAGAUAUGGAGUCUGGGACAUAAACCAUUUGAAAACUGCACCAAUCAAGAGUGUUUAAGAAGAGUUGAUUCAGGAUUUCGUCUUCCUCCUCCUCCUGGUUGUCCCAGGUCUAUAUAUGAGAUGAUGAUACAAUGCUGGCAUCCAGAUACUGGUAGUCGUCCUACAUUUGUACAGUUAGUAUCAAGACUCUCAUUAUCUGAUGCUAAACUGUUGAGUACAGUAUCAAGUGAUACUACAGUAAUAGGAGGACCACUGGAGACUGGAUAUCAACUAUAUACUGAACUACAAAAUAUGUAUCAGUAACUUAAUUU